AUGGGUGCACUGCGUCUGUGUGUAUCAGAUAUGGAUAGAAAUAGAAUGAAAGUAACCAAAGAUGGUCGGAAGGAAAGUGCAGAACAAGAGAAUGCAGACUUGUCUAGGGAGACCAUAAAACAAGAAAUAAGAUGGAGACUGAGAUUACUUUGUCUGAAUUGGAAAAAGAUGAGCAAUACAUCCUUCACUUCAUUAUGGAAUUCUGGUUCCAGCGGAACUGAUCCUCCUGGUACACCCAGAUCAAUUCUCAGGACUCAGGAGAGGGCAAAAUGUGAGGGUUUUGGGGGAAGGGUAAAAUUAG